AUGAAUGUCAAUGCGGCUGAAAAGCUGUCGCCAGAGCCUGAAGAAAUGCUUGCAUUCACCGUCGAGUCUGCUUUGCAACGAAGUGGCCCUCGCUUGGGCACUCUCGCUUGCAAAGGCCGAAUACCCAUCUCUACGCCCAACUACAUUCCAACUACCUCCAGAGGGGUGGUACCACACUUGUCGCAGGACAACAUCGCUAGACACACGAAGAUCCAGUCCAUGUAUUUCGGCCUCGAGGAUUUCAUCGAGAAGCAACCACCUUUGAUUCCACCCAUCUACGAAAUCCCAGCGCCUGAAAAUGGCUCUAGGCUACGAACGUUUACCGCACACGCUCAGGACAAAGUGCUUAUCUUAGGGCCAAGACGAUUUCCAGCAUUGGAGUCACCCCUGUCGAACGCCGACAAGAAAUUAGCUAUUUGCACUUCCGUUGGCUUUCGCCAGCUUGAUGUGGAUGACUAUUUGUCUUCCGCGGCAACUCUUACGCCAGAUAUAUUCUUAGCUGCCGGUGAUAUCGUGACUGGCCAGAAACCAAGUCAGAAGAGGGCAGAGAAGAUGGGAGACAGAACUGCCGCAUGGCUGCGAGAUGCGGUGACAGCGAAAGUUGCAGCAGCUGAGUUGGGCCAUAAGUACUCUUUAUUUGCCCCGAUUCUGCCGCUGUCCGUAGAGAUGCAGCAAUGGUAUCUUAUGGAGCUUGUAGAAGAUUUUCGGCACUCCGUAGAUGGUCUCUACGUACAUGAUGCUCAGUCCGUCGUGGGCCUGCCGGAUGCUCUACGUGCUCUGCCACGAAUAGCCUUGACUCCUGCAAUGAGUCCGAAGGAACUUCUGUAUCAGAUAAGUCUGGGCGUCGACUUAUUCGUCACAUCCUUCACUGGGUCAGCGACUGAUGCCGGCGUGGCUCUGACUUUCAACUUCCCAGGGGAGGCAUCCCAAGGGUCAGUAGAUUCCUCGCGUCGGGCCAUCGGUAUCGAUCUGUGGGACACCGUCCAUGCUACAGACGUCUCGCCGUUGCUGAAUGGCUGCAGCUGCUACGCUUGCCGGAACCAUCACCGUGCAUACGUGCACCACUUGCUUUCGGCAAAAGAGAUGCUUGCUUGGGUGUUGCUGCAAAUACACAAUCACCACGUCAUGGAGCGAUUCUUCUCGGCUGUGAGGAUGAGCAUCGGCGCUGGCACUUUUGAAGCUGCCCGCGAAGACUUUGAGAAGCAGUACGAAUCUGAGCUUCCGGUCACGACCGGGAGCGGCCCACGAGUACGAGGUUACCAGAUCAAAUCAGCUGGAGGAGGCGAACGAAAGAAGAAUGUCAAGGCGUUCAAUAAGUUGGACGAUAUGGCAGGAGCUAUUGCAGAAAACGAGCCUCCCGGCCCCAACGUUGAUGCACAAGAGCUCGAAAGCCACGGGCUUGGAAAGCAACAAUAG